AUGUUAACAAAAUUUGAAACCAAGUCUGCUCGGGUAAAGGGUCUGUCGUUUCACCCUAAACGCCCGUGGGUUCUGGCAAGUUUACACAAUGGUGUGAUCCAGCUAUGGGAUUAUCGAAUGUGCACGUUAUUGGAUAAGUUUGACGAGCACGACGGACCCGUACGUGGAAUUUGUUUCCACAGCCAGCAACCGUUGUUCGUAUCUGGGGGUGACGACUACAAGAUCAAAGUAUGGAAUUACAAGCAACGCCGGUGCAUAUUUACUCUCCUCGGCCACCUGGACUACAUUCGCACGACCAUGUUCCAUCACGAGUACCCCUGGAUCUUGAGCGCUUCCGAUGACCAGACCAUUCGCAUCUGGAACUGGCAGAGCAGGACGUGCAUAUGCGUGCUCACGGGCCACAACCACUACGUGAUGUGCGCGCAGUUCCACGUGACAGACGACAUCGUGGUGUCCGCUUCGCUGGACCAGACGGUCCGCGUGUGGGACAUCUCGGGGCUGCGUAAGAAGAACGUGGCACCGGGCCCGGGUGGCUUGGAUGAACACCUGAAGAACCCCGGCGCCACGGACCUGUUCGGCCAGGCGGAUGCAGUGGUGAAGCACGUAUUGGAGGGCCACGACCGGGGCGUGAACUGGGCCUGCUUCCACCCCACGCUGCCGCUGAUCGUGUCAGGGGCCGACGACAGGCAGAUCAAGCUGUGGAGGAUGAACGAGGCCAAGGCUUGGGAGGUGGACACCUGCCGUGGCCACUACAAUAACGUCUCCUGCGUUCUUUUCCACCCUCGCCAGGAGCUCAUCUUGUCCGACUCUGAGGACAAGAGCAUUCGGGUGUGGGACAUGACCAAGCGCACGUGUCUCCACACCUUCAGGCGUGAACACGAACGAUUCUGGGUGCUUGCUGCUCAUCCAUCGCUGAAUCUGUUUGCUGCCGGACAUGAUUCAGGUAUGAUUAUCUUCAAACUAGAAAGAGAACGCCCUGCAUACUCUGUGCAUGGCAACUUGCUUUUCUACGUGAAGGAUCGUUUUCUUAGAAAGCUUGAUCUGACUACAUCUAAAGAUACAGCUGUGAUGCAGCUCCGUGGGGGUAGUCGUAGCCCUGUGUACAGCAUGUCGUACAAUCCAGCAGAAAAUGCUGUUCUCCUGUGUACACGCACUGGAAAUGUAGAAAACAGUUCAUAUGACUUGUAUGCUAUUCCAAAGGACUCUGAUAGUCAAAAUCCAGACUCUCCCGAGAGUAAGAGAUCAUCAGGAAUCACUGCAAUUUGGGUGGCAAGGAAUAGAUUUGCUGUCCUCGAUCGCACACAUUCUCUAGUUAUCAAAAAUUUGAAGAAUGAAGUUACCAAGAAAGUCCAAACUCCAAGUUGUGAUGAAAUAUUCUAUGCAGGCACAGGAAUGUUGCUUCUGCGUGAUGCUGAUGGUGUGACUCUGUUUGAUGUGCAGCAGAAAAGAACAUUGGCACAAGUGAAGAUUGCAAAAUGCAGAUAUGUUGUGUGGUCAUCAGAUAUGUCCCAUGUAGCUCUCCUCGCCAAGCACACUGUCAACAUCUGCAACCGUCGUUUGGACUCGCUUUGCUCCAUUCACGAGAACACUCGUGUCAAAUCGGGCACCUGGGAUGAUAGUGGAGUGUUUAUUUACACUACAAGUAAUCACAUCAAGUAUGCAAUUUCAAAUGGAGAUCAUGGCAUUAUCCGCACCCUAGACCUGCCAAUCUAUGUGACUCGCAUCAAGUCGAAUCAAGUGUUCUGCUUGGACCGUGAAUGCAAACCUCGCAUCCUCAACAUCGAUCCCACUGAGUACAAGUUCAAGUUGGCGCUCAUUAACCGCAAAUAUGAAGAAGUUCUUCAGAUGGUGCGCAAUGCCAGGUUGGUGGGUCAGUCUAUCAUUGCGUACUUGCAAAAGAAGGGGUACCCUGAAGUUGCGCUGCACUUUGUGAAGGAUGAGAAAACUAGGUUUGGGCUAGCACUUGAGUGUGGCAAUAUCGAUGUGGCCCUGGAUGCUGCUCGGGCUCUGGAUGAUAAAUUGUGCUGGGAGAGGCUUGGACAAGCUGCGCUCAUGCAAGGAAAUCAUCAGGUGGUGGAAAUGUGCUACCAGCGGACCAAAAACUUUGAUAAACUCUCCUUUUUGUACCUCAUCACAGGCAAUUUGGAUAAACUUCGCAAAAUGAUCAAGAUUGCAGAGAUACGCAAAGAUGUCUCUGGACAAUAUCAAGGAGCCCUGCUCUUGGGAAAUGUAGCAGAGAGAGUAAAAAUUCUGAAGAACUGCAACCAGAAUUCCUUGGCAUAUUUGACAGCUGCAACUCAUGGACUUGUUGAAGAAGCAGAGGCAUUAAAAAGCCAGUUCGACCCAGAGAAGGAUUGCCUCCCAGAGGUGAACCCCAAUGCAGUAUUUCUUAAACCUCCUGUGCCCAUCCGCCAAGCAGAGAGCAACUGGCCUCUUCUAACUGUAUCUAAAGGUUUCUUCGAAGGUGCGAUGGCAGCCCGCGGAAAAGGGCCAGUGAGCUCUGUGCUAGCUGCAGAUGUUCCAGAAGAUACGAGUGCUGAAGGAUGGGGUGCAGAUGCUGAGCUCGGCUUGGAAGAUGAUGGUGGUCUGGGUGGGGAUGAAGAAAGAGACACACUAACACCUGGUGAUGCCGAGGGAGGUGGCUGGGAUGUAGGUGACGAGGAUCUCGAGCUGCCUCCUGAGCUAGAGGGAGCGGCAGGGUCCACGGGAGAGGAAGGGUACUUUGUCCCACCAACUAAGGGUGUGCCACAGUCACAGGUUUGGACCAACAAUUCACAACUUCCAGUGGAUCACAUCCUUGCUGGCUCCUUUGAGACAGCAUUUCGACUUUUGCACGAUCAAGUUGGUGUGGUGGACUUCUCUCAGUACCAGUCACUGUUUAUGAAUACUUACAGUCGUUCCCGUACGUCAUUCUCUGCAUUGCCCUCGUUACCAUCACUGUAUGGGUACCCGCAUCGUAACUGGAAGGAAGCUGGCCCCAGGAACGGUCUUCCAGCUGUAGGCAUGAAACUGGCAGACUUAGUGCAGCGAUUGCAGCUUUGCUACCAGCUGACGACAGCAGGGAAGUUUGGGGAAGCCGUGGACAGACUUAGAGGUCUGUUGCUCAGCAUCCCGUUGUUGGUGGUGGAUACGAGACAGGAGAUCAGCGAAGCACAACAGCUGUUGCAGAUCUGUCGAGAGUACAUACUCGGACUGAACAUGGAGUCAGCUCGCAAAGAAUUGCCGAAAUCAACGCUGGAAGAGCAGAAGAGGGUUUGCGAAAUGGCAGCCUAUUUCACCCACUGUAAUUUGCAACCUAUCCAUCAGAUCUUGACACUGCGCACUGCUCUCAACCUGUUCUUCAAGCUCAAGAACUUCAAGACAGCUGCGUCCUUUGCACGCCGCCUCCUGGAAUUGGGACCCCGUCCAGAAGUCUCCCAACAGGCUCGCAAGAUCCUUCAAGCAUGCGACAAGAACCCGACAGAUGAACACCAGCUACAGUACGACGAACACAACCCGUUUGCAAUCUGCGGCCAAACGUACAGGCCGAUCUACCGUGGCAAGGCGGAAGAGAAGUGUCCCUUGUGUGGUGCCAGCUACUUCCCGCAGUUCAAGGGCACCAUAUGUCAAGUAUGCACCGUGGCAGAGGUUGGCAAGGAGACCAUUGGACUGCGCAUAUCACAGCUGCAGUUCCGGUAAACCAUUUGCAACUGACUGCUCAGUUUCAGUUGCAUCAUGUCAGACACAUGUGUUUGUGGAGUUUGUGUUAGUGUUUCUCAUUUAUAUUUUUUAUGUUCAAGAAAGAUUAAAGUAGUUAGUUAUUGUUGUUUGAAAUAAUUUUGCCAGUCUGUAAAAUAAUGGUUAUUAUAACUUGCUUUAUGUAGACUCUUUUAUUGCAAUUAUUAAUUAAUAUUUAUCUUUCAUCAUUGCAUUUAUUGUGUAAGAACUAAGAACCAUAUAAAACCUUUUUUAAAUUUAAUAAAUUUUUGAGUCAAAGUUCAGUGAGAUUUAAGUUAUGGUUUUCUAUCUGAUACAACAGAAAGUUUUUGAAACACUGUAGAACUACUCUAUAGGAAUGUUUUAGUUUUACACAUAUGUUUAGGUUUGUUCUACUCACCAUCUCUUGUGCUCCCUAGGAAUUGUAGCUAAGAGUUAGAAGCAAAUGAACCUAGGUCAAAAAGAGAUGAUACCUAACUCUCAUAUAGGCAAAGAGAAUGACUUGUUUUUUUUUUUGUUUGUUUUUUUCCUGACAAAAGCAGACAUCUUGAAAUAUACAAUUGCGAAAGGAGGUUCAUCUGAAGCUGAAACUGCUUAGGCAAUACCAAUAUCUUCCUACAAAUGAUGAGAGCAUAAUUAAAUUAUGUUGUAUGUUUUUUAACGUAGGAUCUCAAUUCGAAUAUACUCCACAUAACCUUUAGUAGUUAAUAACUACAUGAUAACAAAAAACACUAUUCAAAAUAUCAUGAUAUAUAUAAAUAUAUGAUAAUCAUUGUAAUUUGAACGUGAUACAUUGUUUAUUUAUUUUCCUAAGAAUCACAACACACUGAACAUUAUGAACAAUGCAGAGAGAUGAUUGUGCCGAAACAACCAGCAGACGACUUGCCCUCGCAAUUCUUCCUCGAGAGGAAGAGCAUCGAGGGAAUGGCCCGAGGGACCAGAGAGCAUCUUACCCCUUCUAGUAAAACGGCCAUCUACUAAACUGUUUCAGACAAGUAAAAUGUGCAAAAGGGUCCCAAGCGUUAAAAGGUCAAAAAGAAACUUUGAGUAAAACAAAUCUUAUGUUAUCAUAGUAGAAGUUGAUGUAAAAAUGGCUUGUCUUUUGCAUGGAAAAUGACAUUGUAUUGCAUGUAACAUUGGCUAUACAUAUUACAAAAAUUCAGUUUGCAUUCACCCUAGCAUCAUACUAAACUUACCUUUAAUAUUAGUUUCAUUGGCAGAAGGCAUGUAAAUUUAUAUAGAAAUGACCUAAAUAAUAUGUAUAGAAUCUAAAGUAUGUUUGGUUACUGUCGGUGCUUUUUAUGUAUGACAUUGAUGAGGGAGAAUUGUUUACAAUAAAUUGUGACUAUGGAUGUUAAUUUGUUGUAUAAGUUUAUACCACAAGAUUAAAAGGAUAUAAAAUAAA